AUGGAUGAUAAUAAUGAUGAUGACCUUUUUUCACUACUUAUCACGAAAGAAGAAUACAAAACAUAUUUAUCAAAUACAAAAGAUAGUCCGUUUCCUCCGUAUGAAGUUUUUGAAAAAAUCAUAUCUGUUAAUGAUCCAGAGAAGAUGUUAAGAAUAAUCCGGGAUAAUAUAGAUGAUGUAAACAUACAAAAAAGAUGGGCACAAACAUUUAUUUAUGCCAGGGUCCCUGAAAAGUCUUACAAAUUUGUAAAUCAUAAUUAUAAUC